AAGAAGUUUGCAGAUGAAGUUGUCUUUUAUAAGAAUAUAGUAAUAUAAUAAGUGAAUAGAUAAGUAUGAAAAACUGAGCUUCUGCUACACAAACUUUAUUAUAAUAUUAUCUUCAUUAGAUUAUUAUUAGAUCUAAGCUAGAUCUAAGAGGUGUUGAGACUUUGUUGAUGAAAUUGGAGAGAAGCAAAGAAAUAUUCAAUGGAGAAAUUGUUAUCAACAAAAACAGACUUAAAUUUUGUACCAGAUUCUUACAUAUUGCCACCUCAUUCUAGACCUGGUAAAACCAAACUUAGUACUAAUUCAUUUCACACCAUUCCAAUCAUUGAUUUGAAACAACAACAACAACAACAACAACAACUCAUUCACCACAUCAUUCAAGCUUCCAAAGAGUUUGGAUUCUUUCAGUUGAUUAAUCAUGGGAUUGAAGAGAAGUUAAUCCAAGAUGUAUUGGAUGUGACUAAGGAGUUUUUUGAGCUACCAAUUGAGGACAAACAAGUGUUGUACUCAGAUGAUCCAACCCAAAUUUGUAGACUUUAUACAAGUAUUGGUUAUGGGGAUGAAAUUGUUCAUUAUUGGAGAGAUGUUUUAAGACACCUUGGUCAUCCUAUACAAAAACACAUCCAAUUUUGGCCUCAAAAACCACCUCAAUAUCGAGAGGUGAUGGGGAGAUACGCGGCGGAGGUGAGGAAGUUGAGUUUGUAUGUUUUGGAUUUGAUAUGUAAAGGGUUAGGGAUUGAAGAUGGAUGUAUGGGAGAUGAAAGUGAAGUGAGCAAAGUUCAUGUAAUGUCAGUGAGUCAUUAUCCACCAUGCCCAGAUCCAACCUUGACUUUAGGGUUACCUAAACAUGCUGAUGUAAACUUAAUAACUCUUCUUCUUCAACAAGUGGAUGGUCUUCAAGUCAUCAAAGAUGGUCAAUGGUUACCAGUUCAUCCUCUACCUAAUGCAAUUGUUGUCAACAUUGGCUACACAUUACAGUCAGUAGUCCCGUGAUCCGUAAGGAGAAACACUGGGUAAGCUGUGCAAUCCCACACCGCCUGGGGAUGGUCAAGUGGGAUGAUUCUGAGACUGUGUAGGUAUGAGACUACACAGUUGAAGAGGGCUUAAAUGGAUUGAUUGGUACUACCUAUAUCAACAAGGUGCAUCUUGUUUUUCGGUAGCCCAUCUCGAAAGAACUCCACAGUUAAGCGUGCUUGGCCUGGAGCAAUUUCAAGGAUGGGUGACUUCCUGAGAAGUUUUUCCAGGAAGCGUGUGAGUGAGGACAAAUCAUGCUAGAAACACUCGUGUUGGUCUGUAGGGUCAGUCGUCAGUCCAUGAAGCAGCUAGAGUGACGUACUCGUGUAUAAGAGCCAUUCAUUCCGUGGGUGUAAGGACCCAAUAAAAGCUUGAAGCGGGGACGUUACAAAUACUAUAUUUUUUAAAUAAAAAGUCCAAUAAUUUUUUUUCUUUCUUAAGAUCCAAAACUAAUUAUAUGUGUAUUUUGUGAGUAAAUAAUUUUUUAUUA